AUGGAGCUCCAGCCAACCGCAACUAGAAACAGCCGGCGGGCAGACCAGAUGGAAUCUGGCAAUGCGUCCUUAAGCAGCUUGAGACGCAAUGAAGAACAGCCCGUACCGUCCACGGCGGCCGGCAUAUCGGAGACAUGGAAAUAUCCUAGAAUCAAUUUGUGGCGGUUCCUCGCGUCGAACUACAGUUUUAUCAUUCUUGGUAUGAACGAUGCUGCUUACGGUGCCCUAAUUCCUUACCUGGAAUCAUAUUACAAUGUCUCCUAUACGGUUAUCUCCUUAAUCUUUCUAUCCCCCCUUGUGGGCUAUGUGACGUCGGCCUCGAUUAACAACAUGAUCCAUGUUAAGUUUGGGCAGCGAGGCGUCGCCAUGUUAAGCCCUGGAGCACAUCUGAUUGCUUAUAUGAUCAUAUGCUUGCACCCUCCAUUUCCAGUUCUAGUCCUUGCUUUUAUAUUUGCUGGAUUUGGCAAUGGCCUUGCAGAUGCUGCAUGGAACGCCUGGGUUGGUGGUAUGGCCAAUACUAAUGAACUACUGGGUAUUUUACAUGCCUUUUAUGGCCUGGGUGCAACAUUGGCUCCUACUAUUGCUACCAGUUUGAUAACAAAGGCUCACUGGAAAUGGUUUGAGUUUUACUAUUUGGUUGUGGGUGCUGCAUUUCUCGAAAUGGUAUUCCUGACCUCAGCCUUUUGGACAGCAUCGGGGGCAAAAUACCGGGCUGAGCACCCGCCAACUACGAACGCUGAAUUUGAAGUGCCCUCAGAGUCGACAGUGAAACUUCAUAGGGCUCUCAACCGGAUAUUCGGAAACAGUCAGACUAUAGAAGCAUUGAAGAAUAAAGUUACUUGGAUAUGCAGUAUCUUUAUUUCUAUUUAUGCCGGCGCGGAGGUUGGAUUAGGAGGUUGGAUUGUGACUUUCAUGAUUAACAUCCGACAUGGGAGCGCCUUUGCGUCUGGCAUGAGUGCAACUGGUUUCUGGCUAGGCCUUACGGUAGGCCGUGUGAUACUAGGCUUUGUCACUCCCCGUCUUUUUCGUUCCGAAAAGCACGCUGUCGUGGCCUACCUUCUCUGUGCCAUUGCCCUGGAGCUACUCUUCUGGCUCGUGCCGCAAUUCUACGUAUCGGCGGUGAUGGUGUCAUUCCUUGGGUUCUUUCUGGGCCCACUGUUUCCGAUUGCUAUUGUUGCUGCAACGAAACUUCUGCCAAAGCAUAUGCAUGUAUCAGCGAUUGGCUUUGCCGCGGCGAUUGGAUCCUCAGGAUCUACGGCGUUCCCAUUUGCUGUUGGUGCGAUUGCCCAAGAAAAAGGCGUUCAGAUAUUGCAACCAUUUAUACUGGCGGUAUUGGUGGCAUGUCUGGGGAUUUGGUUGUUUUUACCAAGCCUGUCGAAGAAAAGGCAGUAG